AUGGAACCCUCGAGCAACAACUCGAAACUGACUCCGCUCGGGGCACUGGGCCGCCUUCCAGGAGAACUUCGUAACCAGCUCUACGACAUCAUCGUUUCAAGCCAAGAAGAUGUCUCGGUCAACGCAGAUGGAAGGCUAUUUCAGCACCCGCUAUCGCAGACCUCAAAGGAGGUACAAAAAGAGUUCCACCCCUUGUGGUACGCGGGUGUACUCACCCACACUCCGACGGUCAAGGUCCACCUGCGCAACUUCGUCUACCGAUCGCCGUCUCCUUUGGUGGCUUUCGAAGCGGUACGCUCUGCGAAGACUAUCUCAGCAAUCACCUCCGAGACGUCUAUCCAGCCGCCGAUCAGCCUCGAGGCCAUUGUGCACUCUCUUCCAACCCCAGCAUCAAACGUCAACCGAACGACCGUCAUUCGAAUCUGGCUCACCAAUCCUUUCGACUCUGAUGUGCAGCUCCGCAAGUUCUGCAGCCUCAUGCCAAUGCUCGAACAUCAGCUGCAGGACACUCUGAAGGUCGAGAUCCGCUGGGACCGUGAGAGUUUCGACACUAACUACUGCCAGGAGCUGCUCGAAAGGCUGGGGUUCCGGCAUUACGGGCCGUGGCUCACGCACGAAGGCCAAGCGGUACUUGCUGGACGCAUUCUUCGUGCUGCUUUUGCUGAAGCGUUCGUCCGCUACGAAGGGCCGGAGAAGGAUUUGUGA